AGUUGGUGGAAGUUUCGGAGCAGGACAGAAAGCUGAUGCGCUGUUAUGUUAUGGUUUGAGUUCUCGCGAUAAAUUCUCGCGUUAAUUUCUCGCGUUAAAAAACAGUUAUAAGGAGGUGAGACGGAGAGACGGAGCGCGAGCUGAUGCGUAAAUCUUCUGCUUUUUCUUUUCUUUUCCGUGGUGCAAAAUUUCCGAGUGGAGACUCUGCUGUGGAGUCCGGAUAGAAACAUCAGGACCAGCCAGCACUUCAGUAGUGUGUGUGUGUGUGUGUGUGUGAGAGAGAGAGAGAGAGAGAGAGAGCAGGGCUGAAGGAGUGUGUUGGAGGAUGGAGAGGAAGAUCAGGAUGGUGCACUCAGGAUGCAUCCGGCUGCUCUGGAUCUUCAGCAUCAGCAUCAGCAUCAGAGCUCACUCUGCUUCUCCAUCCACCCAGAAAUGUGAUGAAGCGCUGGCCACGCCCCUUUCCCAUAGUGCCUUCAGCAGCUCGUCUGUGUUCACCACCGGCUACACUCCUGAAUACGCCAAACUGAACAGGAGAGGAGGUGCUGGAGGAUGGUCUCCUCUCGACACUGAUCAUUCCCCGUGGCUGCAGGUGGACCUGGGCAGCAGGAAGCAGGUGACUGCCAUCGCCACUCAGGGUCGAUACAGCAGCUCGGACUGGACCACACGCUACCGACUGCUCUACAGCGACACGGGCAGGAACUGGAAACCCUACCAUCAGGACGGAAACAUCUGGGCAUUUACAGGAAACUCCAACACGGAAAGUGUGGUGCGUUAUGACCUUCAGCACAUUAUUGUGGCCCGAUUUCUACGAUUCAUCCCUCUGGAUUGGAGUGAAGAAGGCCGGAUAGGCCUGAGGAUAGAGAUCUAUGGCUGCUUAUACUGGGCCGAUGUGAUUAACUUUGAUGGCCAGGGCGUGAUCUCCUACCGUUUCAAGAUGAAGAAGAUGAAGAUCCUGAAGGAUGUGAUAGCGCUGAAGUUUAAGACAGGCGAGAGUGAUGGGGUGAUUCUGCAUGGCGAGGGUCAGCAGGGUGAUUACAUCACGCUGGAGCUGAGGAGAGGAAGACUGCUGCUCCAGAUAAACCUGGGCAGCAACCAGUACGGCUCCAUCCUGGGUCACACGUCGGUGAGCAGCGGCAGCCUUCUGGACGAUCAUCACUGGCACUCGGUGGUGAUCGAGCGCCACAGGAGAAACGUCAACUUCACCUUGGAUCAGAACACGCAGCACUUUCGCACCAACGGAGAGUUUGACCACCUCGACCUCGAUUAUGAGUUGAGUUUUGGAGGAAUGCCGUACUCAGGAAAACUCAUCUCAGGAGGCAGGAGAAAUUUCAAAGGAUGCAUGGAGAGCAUCAGCUAUAAUGGAGAAAACAUCACCGACCUGGCCAGAAGAAAGAAAGUGGACACGUCCAGCUUCCGUAAUUUGACAUUCUCCUGUGUGGAAUCUCACACCUUCCCGGUUUCCUUCAACGGCACGAGUUUCCUGCAGCUUCCAGGUAGAAGGGAGCACAACAUGGUGUCUGUGAGCUUCCAGUUUCGCACGUGGAACUCUAACGGCCUGCUCCUGUUCAGCGCGCUGGCUGACGGCAUGCUGGAGCUCACGCUGAAAGACGGCAAAGUCACUGCGCACAUAAGCAUCACGCAGCAGAAGAACUUGGGUGUAGACAUGGUGUCAGGUUCAGGGCUGAAUGAUGGAGAAUGGCAUGAAGUUCGCUUCAUGGCCAAAGAAAACUUCGCCAUGCUAACUAUCGACGGAGAUGAAGCCUCCGCUGUGAGGACCAACACACCCAUUCAGAUCACAACUGGAGGCACAUACCACUUUGGAGGUUAUUUCCUGCAGACCCAGGCGUCUCCAUCACAGCGCUCGUUUCAGGGCUGCAUGCAGCUCAUCCAGGUGGACGAUCAGCUAGCUGACCUGGCAGCUGUGGAGCAGGGCAUGCUGGGAGCUUUCGAGAAUGUCAGCUUGGACACGUGUGCCAUCAUAGACAGGUGCUUGCCUAAUCACUGUGAGCAUGGAGGAAGGUGCACUCAGACUUGGGACAGUUUCAGCUGCUAUUGCGAUAGCACUGGAUACACCGGAGCCACCUGCCACACAUCUGUCUAUGAGCAGUCAUGUGAGGCUUAUAAGCACAUGGGGAAAUCUUCAGACGUCUACUGGAUCGAUCCUGAUGGCAGCGGACCUUUAGGGCCAUUCAGAGUCAUUUGCAAAAUGACAGAGGACAAGGUGUGGACGACGGUGGUCAACAACCUGCCAGUGCAGACAGCCGUAUCAGGUUCGAGCAGGGAGAGACGCACUGUACUACAGCUGAACUACAGCGCCACCAUGGAGCAGAUCGGCGCCAUUACCGACGCUGCCGAGCACUGCGAGCAGCACAUCACCUACACCUGCCGCUCAUCACGUCUACUCAACACUCCAGAUGGGACUCCGUACACCUGGUGGGUUGGCAGAGGGAAUGAGAAACACCUCUACUGGGGCGGCUCUACGCCAGGGGUCCAGAAAUGUUCCUGUGGCAUCGAGCACAACUGCAUCGACCCCAAACACCACUGCAACUGUGACGCAGAUCAGAAACAGUGGAGAGAGGAUUCAGGGCUUCUUGUCUAUAAGGAUCACUUACCCGUGAGCGAGGUAGCUGUAGGCGACACAAAUCGACCUGGAUCAGAGGCCAAGCUCACGGUGGGACCCCUGCACUGUCACGGAGACCGUAGUUACUGGAACGCUGCUUCUUUCAACACGCCAUCCUCCUACCUGCACUUCUCCACUUUCCAUGCUGAAACAAGUGCUGAUAUCUCCUUUUACUUCAAGACCUCUGCACCUCACGGGGUUUUCCUGGAGAACCUUGGCAACACAGACUUCAUCCGGCUGGAGCUGAAAUCGCCCAAUGUCGUUACCUUCUCCUUCGAUGUGGGGAACGGGCCGGUGGAGCUGAAUGUUCUCUCAUCAACGCCGCUAAACGACGACCAGUGGCAUCGAGUCAGCGCCGAGAGAAACGUCAAAGAGGCCGUGCUUCAGCUGGAUCAGCAAUACAGACAGGUUCGAGCUGCACCUGCACAGGGACACACACGCCUGGAGCUCUACAGCCAGCUGUAUGUGGGUGCAGCAGGAGGACAGAGAGGCUUCCUCGGAUGCAUCCGCUCCCUGAAGAUGAACGGCGUGACCCUAGACCUGGAAGAAAGAGCAAAGGUCACUCCUGGAGUUAAACCCGGAUGUUCGGGUCAUUGCACCAGUUUCGGGAUGUACUGCCGCAACGGAGGGAAGUGUGUAGAGAAAUACAACGGCUACUCGUGUGACUGCAGCAACACGGCUUAUGACGGACCCUUCUGCACUAAAGAUGUGGGAGCUUUCUUCGAGGCAGGAACGCUGGUCCGUUAUAACCUGGUCCCGGAAGUGAGUUCCGCGGUGUCCAGCAUGGACGGAAAGGAUUUGAGCCAGUCACUGUCCACUGACAUGAACCUGACCCGAGAGGUUGUGACCUUCAGCUUCAGCACAUCCAGCACUCCCAGCAUCCUCCUGUACAUCAGCUCGAGGAGCCAUGACUACAUGGCUGUAGUGUUGCAACGAAACGGUUCUUUGCAGCUGCGUUAUAACCUCGGGGGUCUGCUCGAACCCUUCACUGUCGAUCUGGACCAGCGCAAUUUGGCCAAUGGACAGCCACACAAUGUUAACAUCACGAGAAUAGAAAGAGAAAUCCAUGUCCAGCUGGACCACUACCCUUUCGUCAGCUACAUCCUGCCUGAAGCCUCAGACACUCAGUUCAACCUGGUCAAAUCCCUCUUCCUAGGAAAAGUCUUCGAAACCGGUCCCAUCGACCCAGUUCUGAUAGAGAAGUAUAACACUCCUGGCUUCGUAGGCUGUCUGUCCCGAGUGCAGUUUAACAGCAUCGCUCCUCUGAAGGCGGCUCUUCGUUCACGGCUCACUUUUUCCGUCUCGCACCAAGGCAAACUGGUCGAGUCCAACUGUGGAGCGUCCCCCCUCACCGUCUCACCAAUGUCCACUAACACUGACCCCUGGCACCUGAAUGCAGGUGCUGAUUUCCCAUUCAAUGAGGAGAGAGUCGUACCAGACGGAGUGAACAGGAAUUCAGCAGUAAUUGGAGGCAUCAUUGCUGUGGUGAUCUUCACCAUCCUGUGCACUCUGGUGUUCCUGAUUCGCUACAUGUUCCGCCACAAGGGAACGUACCACACCAACGAGUCCAAAGGAGAAGAACGAUUCGAAUCAGCUGAUACAGCCAUCAUCAGUGCAGAGCCCAAUUUCACAGAGACCAUCGAAGAAAACAAGAAGGAGUGGUUCAUCUAAAACAUCUCUGUUGAAGGACAUACAAACUGUUUGAGACUCUCACUGAGGAUCGGGAACAAGCGAAACCCCUUCCUUUGCAACUCGUUUUAUUUCUUCUCCUUUCUUUUACUUGCUCCCUUUCUUUCUCUGUGUUUCUUUGUUCCUCUUUCUCUGUCUAUCUCCGUCUGCCAGUGGAUCAUCAGGGCAGCUUCAGUGAGUUCUUCGAGGGUUCGAGGUUCUCUUCAUUUCUGGCUGCUCCUGAAGCUGUGUGAUCAUAAAGGAGCUGAUGGAUGUGAAUGAGAACGAGGACUACAGUGACUUGGUGGACUCAGGCCUGGCUUUCUGCUGCCCCUGUGCUCAAGAGGAGAAUAUGAAGACCAAGUCAAGGAGGGAUGAUGCUGUGAACGAAUCUCUCUGUGCAGGAAGUGCAGACUCUAAAAGUCUCCAAAGCUCAUUCUGGACUACAGCAGUUCUGCUGACAAGGAGGUCAUAUCAUAGGUCAGGGAUUUAACAUCAAAGACCUCACACUUAUCGCUGGUGCCUGAGUCCUUUGUAGAUCUGGAACCUUCGAGGUCACACUAAUCUAUGGGACAAUCUAGAAACACUAAGAGUUUCUGAGAGUUUAAAGAAAUCGACAUGUUUGUCUAUAUUGGCCAGAUGAUGAACUUCACAGUGAUAUCAUCAUGGUGUAACCCUGGAGUGUUUUGUCCCAGCACUCGUCCCAGAGUGCUGUUUCAUAAAAAAAAUGCUGUGCAUUUGUUAAACACAAUAUCUUUACAAUAUGGUUCUUUUGUGUUCUUUUGUAAUCAGCAUGUAAAAUGCUAUAAUGGUACAGGUAUGCAAUGAUAUGAUGAUGUACUCUAUGUCUAUAAUUAUUGUAUUGGUCCAGACUGUAAUUUGUAGACAAAUCUUGUUGUUAAUUUAAAUAAAUGCACAAUUAAAAUGGCUUAGUUGGAUCCAGACUUACUGUUGAGCACCACCUGCCAAACAAAAUCAGGAUGGGUCCAGAGAAGGCAAGUCGUUCAGUCAAGCCACACCUGACUCCAACAUCCAGAUCCAGAAAUAACACUUAGAAGAGACUUUGUAAAUAUGGAGAACACUCUCAGAAAAAAGGGGGCUAAAUUGUCAGUAUGUCAGCCGUUCAACAAACGUUAAACUUCUUAGUCCUUAUUCAUAUCUCCAUAUAUUUUAAAUUCCACUGAAAUACUAAUUACCUCAUCUGAGUGACCAACGACUUAAAAAAUGUUACUAUUUGACAGAUAUUCUAUUUAUUUGGUCACUUUUCUAGAUGUUUUGUAAUAGUGGGGCAGCAUGUUCACUGCCCCAUUUAGUUCCAUAGAGUUAUUAUUGCACCUUGUGGUAAAAAUGGGAAUUGCAUCAAGCCCUAAUAGAAGCCCAUUGGGGCAGGAAUCACAGUGCCCCAUGCUCACGCUAUGAACAUUUUUAUUGGAACAGAGCAGCAGGAGGGCCAGUUAAUGACAGGGUUGCCAGAUUGGUCUAGUUUAAAAAUACCCAGUGCACAUCAAUAUCUUGUUUUAUAGUAAAUAAACCAAAAAAAUACAUAAACAAAGGCAAAGUGUGAGUGCAGACAGUGUGUUUAUGCACACUAUAUAGCCUACAUUACAAAGAUUGGGUGACAAAGGGAGAUUUCCUUUCAUCAGAAAUGCGUGUACACCACAGUGACCUUGUUUCUAACUCAAAGGCUGAGAAAAAUGUGUCUCUGUUUUCAAGUGCCUGUUUUUUUUUUUUUUUCGGCUGCAGUAUUGAAUACAUUUGAACAAAGGUUUGUCUGCUCAAAAUGAUCUGCUAGACUGUAUGACUAUAUGCUAUUUAAAAAUUCCCUUGAUAGCAUAGUAGCAUGACAGGUAGUAGAUAGCAUAUAUCAAGUGGGACAGCUUCUAGACUUAAUUUUGUUUGAGGCUAUAUUAUUAUACAGUGUCUAAAUCUAUGGUAAUGCGCUGCUGCUGUAAACCAUUGCUGUGCCACUGCUUGUCGGUGGUGUGCUACACUCAGGCAUGCACCUUUUGUACCUUUAGUAUGUAUAUUUUACCUGGAAAGGUGCAUGUAGUGUACCUUUAAAAUUUGACUCUAAAAGCUAAUUAUAGUCCAAUUAUGUGCUUUAAAUCUUAAAGGUACUAAUGUGAAAGAUACAAAAUGUACAAAAGAUAAGGGUACCCUGACAGUGACGAGGUAAAAUAAGCACCCUUUUUUUCUGAGAGUACAUGACAAUGUGGGACAGUGUGCUUUUUUGCGUAUUGUAUAAAAUUAUAUACGUUUUUUCCAGGGAAUUUCUGAUUUUGUUGGUAAUGGUGGCAUUCUUAGCCAUGAUCACUGAAAUAAAACAAAAAGGUCUGUAGACAUUGAUAUGACUUCAUGUUUAGAAUGAAUACACAGUAAUAUAUAUGAUAGAGCUAUGUAUGUAUAAUGAGCUGAGUUGGUGCCAUUUCUGAAAAUAAAGCUACUUUGUACAAAACACCAGUGAGACAUCUGUGCUCUUUUUCAGUACUAAUUACAAUGUGGAUUUUACUAAAUAAAUAGUUUAUGAAGCAAUACCUCAAAUCUGUAAUUACAAUGUCCUUGGCUAGCGGCUUUCAGGCCAACAUAUAAUAUUCUACCACAUGAAAAGGGUUCAGCACACUGUUUAGUGCACACGAUUACAAUACGCUAUUCCAGAAGAUUGCUGUGGCAUUGUGGGGUUCAGUGGUUUCUUAACCAAACCUGUCCACAUUCCCAUCAAAAUC